GCUGCCUGCCUUUGCCCUCACCUUCCUGCGCGUCCCGGCGUUUGAAACCCAAACACAAGAAAAAGGGGAAGACUACACGGCGUGCACAUGGGAGAACGCUAGAUGUUUUUUUCUCCCCUCCCUGCACGUCGCACGAUGGCUUAUAUAUGAGGAGGACACUUUGGGAUGCGGACAUAAACGAGCGUCUCCGCGGAGAGAAGCGCAUGAGAAAACGCAACGCUGUCCGUCCUCUCUCCGACACCGAGACGGACUCCUCCCCACCUCGGCAGUGACACCGCCGGUAAAUCACAGAGAAAGGAUAACAGUCUGUUUUUUACGCUGGAGACGAAAGCCCGAGUCUGACAUUCACGUUCAUCUGCCAGCGACUGGCUGACUGUAUGGCUUUAAAAAGUUGCCCGGAGAACAUGGACAUCUGACGUGCGCCACACGGCGUCAUUGGACACAUUGAGCCUCUCUCUCUCUUUUCUCCAUCACAUCUUGGACUGACUAAUCCCCUGCGCUUUGGGUUUGGAGUAAGAAGGAGUGUUCAGCAGUUGUCAUUUGCCCUGACACUGGCUGCAUCCAGUAGCUCCCCGCAUAAGGGCAACAUUAUCGCACCACAGAAGACACUGCCUGUUGUGCUGCGCAUUUGCGUGUGCGUGUCGACCUGUUUGUGCAUUAGUGGGAGAAAACAUUUUGUCAGCCCGCCACGGAUUUUGUCCGAGCUGACAGCCUGCGUGAAAUAAAGCCUAUGAUUCAUCUGGAGCAAGCUGCAUCAGAGAGAAAACAGCGUGACGCGUUGGUUUUGUAACUUUACAUUCCCGGCAGCCUGAACAAGUGUCAUCUCAAGUGUCCCCUCGAAUGGUCACGUCCUCGCCAUCCCCUCCGUGCUUUCUAUGUUGUGCGCGUUUGUAUUUGUUCAGCGUUCCCGACCUGCGCCACAAACACGGGGCCACAUGUGAGUGAGACCCGUCACCUGUCCCGGUUGAAGCGCCCGUACAACUCGACUGACUGACCCGACGCCGAAGAGGAAUACGUGCCGAAGUUUCGCUGUAGUGAUGCUGCAAAUGGAAAUGGUCCUCUUCGUCUGCCUGGUGCUGUUGAUGUGUGUUUUUAGCCAGGAGCCCAGUUCCAAAGUGGUGGCCGACCGCUACGCCGUCUUCUGGAACCGGACCAACGCCAAGUUCCAUCGUGGCGACUACCACAUCGACGUGUGCAUAAACGACUACCUGGACGUCUACUGUCCUCACUAUGAAGACACAGUGCCUGAGGAGCGGACCGAGCGCUAUGUCCUCUACAUGGUUAACUACGAUGGCUACAGCACGUGCGACCACACCGCCAAGGGCUUCAAACGCUGGGAGUGCAACAGGCCGCACUCCCCGAACGGGCCGCUCAAGUUUUCAGAGAAGUUCCAGCUCUUCACUCCCUUCUCCUUGGGCUUUGAGUUCAGACCGGGCAGAGAAUACUACUACAUCUCUUCCACCAUUGCCGAGAACGGGAGGAAAACAUGCCUGAAGCUCAAAGUUUUCGUCCGACCAUCAAACAGCUGUGUGAAAACUAUAGGCGUACAUGACCGCGUUUUUGAUGUAAACGACAAAGUAGACAAUACAUUAGAACCACGAGACGACACCAGCCACGAACCGGCUGAGCCUUCCCGAAGUGACGAAACAAACGCUGCGCCGCACUUGCAGACAACAAGUCCACUCCUGGCUUUGUUGCUGGCCUGCCUACCAGCACUCAUCACUUUAUAGCGCCUCCCUCUGUCCUGGAGGGCAUUUACACCUAGCGUGGCCUGAAUCUGCCCGAGGCUGCAGGGAAGGGGCGGGAUUUGGGUGGAGCGUGUUUGCUUGAUUGGGCAUCAGAGCAGGCUUCUCAAGGAACCCUCUAUAUUUUUCAGAAAUAUAUUUAAGUGGUCUUUUCUCUGUCUGUGAGUGAACAACGUUGAUGUUGGAAGUGGGAGAGACAGUUCCCCCUCUUAAACCUUCACCUAAGAUGCCAAAUCCCGUUUUUUGACACUUAGUGAUUCUUAUUUUCCCGUGACUUUUUUGUGACAUCCCUUUACAUCAUGUUUGUGUCAUUGCAGCACUGAUGUUCACACCCCCCCACCCCCAAACACACACACACACACACACAAACACACACUUAGAGAGUCAAAUACAAAAAUGCCUCUACACUAACAGUCAAUAGCAGUAGGGUUUUUAGUUGUAUACAGUAGCAGCAUUACACAGUAGGAAAGUGAAGACUCUAGGACUUAGAAAGGAGUGUACAUACACAAGUAAAUGGCUGUCCCGAGACCUCUCAAGAAGCCUUUCACAAAAUAUUCAGAUUGGCUUCUGCUGCGCCUCCGUUUCACUGGGAAGUGAAAUACAAAGCUUAAAGAUGAAGAAGUAGGGAGAGUAAUGGUUUUAAGCAGAGGUCAGACUAGUAAGCACAGCACUGAGAAAUACGUACACGGCAACGCACCUUAGCCCGCUGAUCUCCAGACUGUCCCGGUUUAAAGAUAGUGUCCAAUUCUCUCCUGAAUACAAAGCGGGCGUAUAGGUGGAGAAGCUACUUAGAGCAGAGCGAGCGUAAAACCCAUGGAAGCACGAGGCAACUUCUUUCUCGUCCUCCUUCGGAUAGAGCAUGGCAGGCCGCUCAAUAAAACACCUCUCAAAGCAUUCGGUUCACUCUGACUCACAAAGCAGCUAAAUUGAAACUUUCUCUCCAGACGCAUUGUGGACCGCUAUUAAGAUCGAGGAUCGAUAUCUUUUGAAAGUUGAUCACACAAUUUCACGGCAACAGUCACAGUCGUUUUAUGCAAUGUUUACUGAGCUGGGCAGCGAUUGUUCUCUGUUCCGUUUGAGUAUUAGUCGAUAUUAACACCCACAUAAACAUUUGCAUCCAUGGCUUUUUUUUUUUCUCUGAUUCUGAUUGUUUAAAAAAUUAUUCACAGCUGAAUUGGACACUUUAUUAUUAUGUUUUUCUUAACCAUUAAGUUAUUCUACUUUGCCUGUGCUGCCUCUGUGCUGACACUGUAAACCUUGUAUUUCUGUAUUGCCUGAAAUUCACACUUCAAGUCACAGUGCCAUACUUUUUCCUCACAUCUUUGUCACUUGAACACAACCGCAGCUUUGGCUCGUGCUCGUCAAAUAUUAGCUGGCUGGCUCUCACGUUCAGUCCAUUGCAGCAGUCAGUGCAGUGCUUACAGGGCUGAUGCAUAGCUCCAAUUAGCUGAAAACACACUGCGCGAACAGAGAGAGACUAUCCAUUGAAUUUGAGGCGAUGCACAGCUCUGUUUAGCCUAGCCAGGUUUAUAUUAGCACUUACAUCAAAUGACUUCACGUCGUAAUGAUAUUCAGCUCCCACAGAUGCACGUGGCGAGUUUGCAUAAAGAACACGAUCGUGUCUUUUCUUAAAAUGGAAGGGACUUGUGUCUUCGCUUUCAAAGACGAAUGGACAGAUAGAGAAAUUAACUCUGCUGAGGCCGACUUCCUUUCAGUGCCAGGCAUUUGUAUGAGAAAUAGGGCACCAAUUGGUUCGGAAAGACAGACAGAAGGAGAGAGAUAGAGCAAGAAGAGGGAGCACAGGAGCAAUUGCAUGUCCACCUACAGCUCCUAGUGUUACUGGUUUAAGUGACUCUUUAAUGAGGUUCAAAAUGACAGGCAUGUGGACCCCAUGUUGUGGCAAGGGAAGUUAUUUCUGGUAUUAAAAAUAGAUGGUGGAAGGCUUGGGGGGUCUCGGGAGGAUGGGGGGGGGGGUGGGGUGGGGUGUAGAUUUCCACCAUGGGGGGUUUUAAAGCACCAAUGACCUUGCAGUUUGAGAGAAUCGGUGAGUGAAGGAGACGGAGAGAAUUAAAGGCAGAGACACAAACACGGGAACAGAUAGAAAAGACAUGGGAGGUAGCUGAAGGUAGUGUGACUAGAGUGCCUAACAGAACAAAACAAAGCAACUAAAAAUCCAUGCAACACUGCUGGAAAACCCCCCCACCGGAUUCAAUGACAAACUUAUUGUUCGGUAUCAUUCUGUCUCAAAAGGCGUGCACUGUUUUAUUUUUUUUUGUUGUUGUUGCUGUUUUCAUUUGUAUGGUUGCCUUUUUUCCAUUCCCCCCCCCCCCCCCCCAGAAAGACCGCCUUUGCCUUUUGCCAUUUGUUUUUUUGCGCCACGGUAACAAUGCUAUUACAGCGGAAUAGCUGCUCAGCUAUGGGGGGGUAAUACGAGACGAGGCCAUUUAAUGAGGUACUAAUUUUCAGGAGAACACCACAGGGAACGAGCACCGCGUACGAUUCAAAACAGACGCCUGUCAGCAGAUUAACGCUAGACUUUUAUCAGAAACCAGCUUCAAUUGUACUCUUCUAAUUACCAAUACUACUAUUUGUCAUUAUUGCUAUUAUUACCAUGGUUUAUUCUGUACACACCUUAACCUGGGAAAUGAGGAUCAACUUAUAAACUGGAUACUGUGUAUCCUGAGGUAGUCAACCAUAAAACAUGUAGUGUUAGGUUAGUAUCUGUUUUGUACCUUUCUGGAGGACAAAAGAAAAAAAUGAGAUACAUCAUUGUUAAAACUGUAUAAUUAUUAUUAUUGUUAUGAUGAUGAUGAUUAUGACUAUUAUUAUUAGGAAAACUUCUUGAUGUAAAUAGUGUUUGAUAUUAAAGUAUUAAUUUGGUUCUUAUGUCUUUUCUAAAAAAUGAACACGGUAUUAUCUCUGGGUUUUGCGGAGUGUGUACUGUCCUCAAACAACGCAUUGUGUGCUUUGAUCCUCAAUGCCUAAUGAACCUUUGAGCUAAUAUGAAGGGAAACCUGUGGGAGCUGUACACCCGUGUACAGAAGGCUGGACAUUAGCCAAACGAGUGGCUCACCCGUUACAUGUUUCAACCCAGUCACCGACCUCCACCAUCCCUUCACACACGGAUCCUGCCUUGGAAAGAAAUGCUUGGGACUUAACGGACGGCUUCUUUGUACUUCUUUGCCUUCGGUGUUCGAGAGCAUGUUGGUCAGCUCCAAUCUGCCACGAGUGGACUGUUGCUUUUUAAUGGAAGGAUCUCGCCAGAUUCAUUAUGUGGCAUGCGCAUGAACUUGAUGACAUGUUAAAACAAAAAAAAAACAAACAAAAAAAAAAUCCAAAAAGUUUGGAAAAGAUAGUUUUUUCUUUUGCUCUUAUUUUUCUUUUUUUCUUUAGGACGUGUUAGAUUUUUGGAUCACUUCCAUGUUGUGUGUUUUUGCAUCCCCAUUUGAGUGAUAUCAUGAAGCUGUGUAGUGACAGAUGACAAAUGUACAUAACACAAACCAUUGUUGUGAAGUUACAGUGGGGGGAGGGAGGGGAUC